UUGUGUGAAGAGUGAAGACCAGAUGGUGUUAGCACACAACCAUGUGGGCCAGGAGUAGAGUGCAGUAAGGUGGCGACUUUGUUAGAAAUAUUCACUUUGUCGCAUCCAAUUCCAAUCCCAAUUUGCAAAUGCAAAAAACCUGAAUUUGCAAGACAAAUUCAAAAUGGCUACCGUGCCUUCACCUUCUCCUCCUCCACGCGCCGCCUCCGAUUCCGGCAACUCCUCCCCCAACAACCAGGUGGAACCUGCAACAAAUAACGGCGUUUGCCACGUCGACGAUGACAAAAAACCUAAAUUCACCGAUGGUCUCGAUCACUUGGACAGUCCACAAUGCAUUGAGAGAUUCAGAAAAUAUAAUGAUGAUUACACUCAUCGGUUGCUGUCUAAAUAUUUCUCUACGAACGGGUUUUAUGGAGGCAACAUAUUUGAUGUGCAAAUAACAAUAGACGGUGAAGUCAUAAAAUCAAGCAGCUUGUCUUGUUUAAAGACAUAUACAGAUCCUGUAGUAGGUUUUGAAGAACAAUGCAGCAAUGGAUCAACUCCACCAGCAGAUUCCCAAGCUAAUUUUCCCAAUGGAAAACACGUGGUGAAGAAGAACUGAAAUCAAUGCAUGUUAUCAUAGAAAGGUUAACGCAAACCAAGGCGUUAUUAUUACCAGGAGCAGGAAUUUUGGAACUUACGACUGAAAAGACAGUCAUGGCCUCAACCAUCAAUUUCCUAGCCUAAAAACAGAUUUCCCAAUCAUAUUUUUGUGGGGUUAUAAUUGCGUUAAGGGCUGUUAUUUUUUUGUUUUUUUUUUUGAGAAUUAAGGGCUGUUAUUUAUAUGAUUCGGUAUGAAAUUGAUGUAUGUGUUGAGGGCCUUAAACCCUCUAUUUUAUUCUGCAUUUCACAUCUAUUUCCUAGUUGUUUGCCUGUCUAUGCUAGUGCGUAGUAUAGUUGGAUGUGCUACGGGCUGCUAUUAUGGUUUAGUAUACCCAUCACAAAGUGAAUAAUUGCCGCCAGCUAUUGUAUUA